AUGUCAAACGCUUUGCUUAAUACAUCGAUAAAUAAUAAAAUUACGAUUGAGCAAAAAAUACUUGAAAUAGGUCAUACGCAAAUGGAAGCUGAUAGCGUACAUUCUGUAGUUGAACGUGCAUUAAAAAAUAAAGACAUUUAUGUACCAGCCGACUAUAUUGGUUUGUGUAAAGGUGCGCGGAAGAAACCAGAACCAUAUGAUGUGACCUAUUUAGAUCAUACAUUUUUCAAAUCGUUUAAAAAUGUAUCGUUUUUUAAAACCAUACGUCCUGGUCGUGGUACAGCCAGCGAUAUUGAUGAGCCUAGAUUCAAGAAGAUUACACGCGUAAACUGGAAAACGUUCGACUUUAUUUUAAAUUUAGUAAAGGACGAUGCGUCGUUCAACCAAAUACGUUCUUGCAAACAAUUCCCUCUCAAAGCACAAUUAGCAAUCGUAUUAUAUCGCUUAGGCUCAAACGGUGAAGGCGCUACUCUGUCUAAGAUUGCUGGCUUGUUUGGAGUUAGUGAUGGUGGUAUCAUUCAGAAUUUGACUGACAGAAUUUUUAAAGAACUGUUAAAGCAUAAAGAUCAGUAUUUGUUCUGGCCAAAUAGCGAUGAACGUAAAAAGCUCGUGUCAGAAACCUGGGGUGAAUUGCCAAACUGCGUGGGAUACGUCGAUGGUACUGAAAUUCCUUUGGCGGAGAAACCUUCUCAAGACUCAGAAGCUUACUUUUCACGAAAACACCAAUACUCAGUUAAAGUUCAAGCCGUUUGUGACCAUUCGCUUCAAAUAAGACAUUUAGUGCUAGGCUAUCCAGGUAGCGUACAUGAUGCACGUAUUUUUAGUAACUGCGAAUUGUCGAAUGACGCCGAUGUGUUUUUGGAAGGAGCUGAAUGGAUAGCAGGUGACAGUGCAUAUAAAUUAUCGAGUACUGUUAUAACGCCAUUUUGAGAAAAUUCUAGAAAUUUAACACUCAGCCAAAGGAUUUUUUUUAACAAAACAUUCAGUAGAUAUAGAAUUCGAAUUGAACAUUGUUUUGGAAUGCUGAAGGAAAGAUUUGGAAGUUUAAAAGGCUUAAGGCUCCAAAUAAAAAAUGAAAAUGGUAUGAGAAAAGUUAACAAAUGGAUUAUCUGUUGUGAAUUGUUACACAACUUUAUACUCCAACAAGACGAUUAUUUCGAUUACCAACCUGAGGAAUCGGAGCACAGUAUUGACGAGUCGUUAUGGGAACCAAAUGCUCGGACCAACGAGGGUGAGAUAAGGCGACGACAAAUCUUUGAACAAUUGUUUAAUCAAUAAAUAUCUUAAUUUAAAAAUUCUGUUCUUAUUUAUUUUU